UGAGGACAUGAAACAAAUGGAAAGUAAGAGAAGACGGAGACAACAUAUCAAGACGGCAUUGCAUAUGAUAUCAAACGUACAAAGCUUCUCAAAAGAAUAUACAUUCCAAGUAUUCCGUGUCUUUCAAGCAAUGUUUAAUGUUUUAAAGAAAAACACUUAAAGGGGAACUCCUCCCUCACAUAAUGUUGGUGCGAAAAGUUCCAUUUUUAUGCAAAGAUAGACAUUCAUAUGAAAUGUUUUUUUGGAUUCUAUUUAUCGACUUUUUAUAUCUACCUGAUGUUGUCUCUAUGAAUGGCAAUGUCCAACUUUAUGCUCGCCAUGGGUCGCUGCCAUCAAACUUCAUUAUGAAAAACAUCACUAAUUCAAAGAUUGAUGAAUGUCUAGAACAAUGUUUAACAGAUUGCUCAUGUUUAUCAUUUCAAAUUUGUGGUACGGCGUGUCAACUUCUUUCUACAACCAUAACUGAGGAGACAAGUAACAAUGAGAAAAGUCAAUGUCAACAUUUCACAAUGAAAAUAUUGAACAAAGAGGAUAAUUCAAGCUACCCCGACGGCACAUGUCAUGUGAAAAUAGAUUGCUGUCUUACAUCAAAUUACUGCAAUAACAACGGAAAAUGUCAACUAUCAACCUCAAGUUCGAGUAAAGUGCGCGCCUUUUGCGAAUGUAAAGAAGGAUUUGUAGGUAAACGUUGUGAAAAGAAAGCAAAGUCUUGUCAAAAUUUUCUUGGUCGUUUAAAUGGCUGGUAUCAAAUAUUUGCAAAUGAAAGUAAAAUGGUUAAAGUUUACUGUCAGUUUGAUUCUGCGCAUGUUUGGACAUUAGUUAUGUCCUAUAGCUUGAAAUUACGUGCUCAAUAUAGACUUCAACCAUAUCAUAAAAGCUUUUCUCGAAAUGAAACGAAUGAAACAUGGGAAGAUCACAGACUUUCAUUUAACGCAAUGAAGAGUAUAAAAGAAGAUGGAAACACGUUAUGGCGUAUCACGUGCUCAUACGGUGACAAAGACUGGAAUAAAACAGAUUUGGUUGUUGCAACCCAUGAAAAUGCACCAAUUUUGAAGCUGACUAACAGCGAUGCCGUUUGCCUAAAUGUCAGUUUUAUCGAUAUCAAAGGCUACAACUGUACAAAUUGCAGCAUUCCUUUCUGGCAAAAUGACAAACAUAUUUUUCAUACAGACAAUACCCAUGUUCAAUAUAUAUGCAAUCUGAAGAACUUCCAAUCAUCAGGCUGUAGCAAUAUUGGUGGUAAAGGAGGAGAAGAUAAUUUUGGAUAUUAUGAUUGCUAUAACACUACACAUCGUUGCGCAUCAUCAGAAAAUGCCACAACACAAUUAUGGUUUGGUAAACGCAUGAAUUUGAACUGAUAAGUGCAUUGUACGAUUUUUAAGUUAAGCGAAUUAAUAAAAAUAUUAAUUGGACGUUGUUGACAUAAAAAUAUCAAGUAACUACAGCUACUUGUUGAAGAGACAGGCAUUAUUGAAAAUAUUGAUUCAAUCGUAUUAUUAGUGAUAAGAAUUCUACAUUGCUACUGUAAGUUUACUGUAGACAUAAUUAUUCAAUAAAUUAUACGGAUAGAAGAACAGCCGAAUUUUGAAAAAAUUAAAAUAAAAGAUCGAACAGCUA